UGUUUUGUUUUGUAGGUUUUACUUUUGUAGUUGUAGCUCUGGCCACAUCGUUGGCUAGCUGUCGUAGAGACGUCACGUCCUUGUCCAAUCCGUUCACGAUCCUUCACUUCAAGUUCAGCUAGUUACCUCCCCAGUCAUUGCCUUACCUGGAAAUUUGCUACAAAAAGACCAAAACAUUAUCCUCACUUCGAAGCAAAAAUUAAUAGGAUUAUAAUGCUAGUAAAAUCGGUGGAGAGGACGAUGUGUACAGCUGCCUCUGCUGCCAGUGUAGCUACCACUGGAUCAAUAACUUCUUUGGCGAGACGCCGAUUCGAGGACCACGAGCGUUGUCGUCUAUCUGAGGAUCGCAUAAGGCCACACCAGCCAGCUGCAGUAUUAGUGCCAUUGUUUCUCAACCAUGCCGAUGAUAAGCUGAGUGUGCUGCUCACGCAACGCUCAGCUAUGCUGAAGCACCACAGUGGAGAAGUGGCUCUGCCUGGUGGGCGGUAUGAUGAGGGUGAUGAGAGUGCCAUGGCUACUGCACUCAGAGAGUCGAGUGAGGAGGUGGGCCUGCAGAAACACCAGGUUGAAGUUUGCACAGAGUUACCGCCGCAUUUCGCACGCAACCAGAGUUCCGUAGUGCCCGUGGUGGGCUUCAUACCGGAGAACUUCCCGCCAAGGAUUCAGGAGGCAGAAGUGGAUGCUGUGUUUCGCGCGCCGUUGGAGAUGUUUCUUAGUUCUGAGAACCACUCGUCAAAGUACAUUGACUUCCAUGCGAACAGGUUCCUUAUGCACUCCUUUAACUACGUUGAUCCUGAGCAUGGGAAUAGGGCGUUUCGCAUCUGGGGAUUCACUGCCCAGUUGCUCAUAACUGUAGCAAGUAUUGCGUUCAACCGCGUUCCAGAUUUUGACUGUCUUCUUAUGCACUACGGCUCCUCCGGCUUGCCCAAUCACGCUACACUGCUUGAAAAGAGAAGCUCUCUGUAGACACGCUGCUGUUUGACUACUUCAAAAUACUUAUUGUGCAAUGACGUCAUAUAUUUGGCGAUGAUGUCAUAUGACAGAACAGUGCUAGUGUGUCCUGCUGCCUCUGCCUGCCGUGGAGCUGCACCUACUGGAUCAGUGAACAGUCUGUGACGAAACACAGAUCUGAGGAGGAUGAGCUGCUGUAGCCGUAUGACACAUGUAUGUUGUGCCUUUGUCGGUGCAGCAGGUCCUUUGCACAAAAAUAGGGACACUUUAGGAUAACGCACAUGGUAGUGGUCUUUGUGAUGUUUUGUCCAACUUUAUCUAUGUAGCUACUUGGCUGAUGCCUACUACUUCACCAGCUGUUUAUUGUUCAAGACUUUGCUGAAAAUUGCUCACCAACGUAUUAUUCUGGCCAUGCUAUCUGCUCAUGGUACAAUCGACGGACAUAGCUAACAAUGCACGGAUGAUCGUGGCUUGAGGCAUUUAUUUUAGAAUUCAUUUCCAAUUGUUUUCUGCAGGCUGUUAUGCCACAUUACCAAUUUCUGUAUUUCCACUCUAGCUUUUCUAUUUAUCACAAUAAUGUUUGAUUGAGAUAUUUAUUUUUUACUUCAAGUAGGUGUUGAUAUCAUUCCCACCCUUCCUGCUCCUAUACCACCUGGGAGUCGUUCCCAACCCCAGGUGGUUUGGGUGCGGCUCCCUGUUUGCCACACUCAGUAGGUCAGUAGGUCUACCAAAUAGUUUUGUUGCCGGGUCACCAGGCACUGGCAGUCAUUUUAUAGGGCCGCCGCGUUCCUCUUCUCCCUAAUCCAGAAUUUAUUUUGACGGGAGCCAAGCCACGGUCCUUUUCCGUGUGUGCGUGGAGGCUGGAGUGUAAACUCGACGAUUGCUUGCCUGAAUGUGGUUGUGUACACGUAGAACGUGCACUACUUGUGCUGCUGGUCUGUUGUGCUGUCUUGGGCGAUGUGUAAUUUGUGUUUUCGUGCAGCUUGACCUCAAGUCAGAGGCUAGCAGCAGUGGUUCA